AGCACCUCAGACAUCAGGAGUGGCUAAGAAGCCUGUUAGAUUGAUCCUGUCUGAGGGGACAGUUUCUCUUUGCACCUUUGAUUGCACUGGGUAACCUGAUGCUUGCAAACAGCCGUGCACAGCCAGCCUUGUUGAUUCAGCCACACCCCCCAAAUAGCCUCGCCCACCAGAUUACUCUGAAACUUAAAAGCCUGUGUCCAGGACCUAGGAAAACCAGAUACCAGGAUUUUGCUAGUUCCUGGACCAGAGAAGCCAUUAAGAAGAGGAAGAAUGGAGAAGCCAUCUAAAGCCAAAUAUCGGAGUCACGGUAGCUUCCACCCUGAGGAGACCAGAAAGGGAAUGUUUGGGCUGAAGCUGAAAAAGAAGAAGAAAGAUAAAACAGAGAAGGGAUUGGUCCUCACCAACAAGGGUGCACAAGAUGGUAGUGAGUCUGAAGUACCACAGGAAGGGCCUUCUCACCAGGAAGGACCAGAAGACUUGACUUAUGAUGACGCUUCUAUCACACCUGGCCCCUCAGCUCCUUCCAAGAGAAGAGCAAAGCUGCUGACUAAGAUCCAUGAUGGGGAGGUCAAAUCUCAAAACUAUCAGAUCACCAUCACCAUCACUGAGGCCCGACAGCUGGUGGGCGAGAACAUUGACCCAGUUGUGACCAUUGAGAUUGGGGAUGAGAAGAAGCAAAGCACAGUGAAGGAAGGGACCAACAGCCCAUUUUAUAAUGAGUACUUUGUCUUUGAUUUCAUCGGACCCCAAGUACAUCUUUUUGACAAGAUCAUCAAAAUCUCAGUCUUACAUCACAAGCUGAUAGGAAGCAUCCUGAUUGGCUCUUUCAGAGUGGAUGUGGGGACGGUGUACAACCAACCUGGUCAUCAGUUCUGUGACAAGUGGGCACUGCUUACAGACCCGGGUGACAUCAGGACUGGCACCAAGGGCUACCUGAAGUGUGACAUCAGCGUGACCGGGAAAGGCGACAUCUUAAAGACCAACCCCAAAACCUCCGAUGCUGAGGAGCAAAUAGAGAAGAACCUUUUGAUCCCUCAAGGAUUUCCAUCAGAGAGACCUUGGGCCAGGUUCUAUGUGAGACUUUACCGAGCAGAAGGGUUACCCAAAAUGAACUCCAGCAUUAUGGCAAAUGUCACCAAAGCAUUUGUGGGUGACAGUAAGGACCUUGUGGACCCCUUCGUGGAGGUGUCCUUUGCUGGGCAAACGGGGCGAACCUCUGUGCAAAAGAAUUGUGCUGAUCCUGUGUGGCACGAGCAGGUGGUCUUCAAGGAAAUGUUCCCCCCCUUGUGCCGGAGGGUGAAAAUUCAGCUGUGGGAUGAAGGCAGCAUGAAUGAUGUGACCCUGGCAACCCACUUCAUUGACCUGAAGAAAAUCUCCAAUGAGCAGGACGGCGAUAAAGGUUUUCUUCCUACUUUUGGACCUGCCUGGAUUAACCUGUAUGGCUCUCCCAGGAACCACAGCCUCAUGGAUGACUACCAGGAGUUGAAUGAAGGCUUUGGGGAAGGUGUGUCCUUCAGGGGCCGAAUCUUGGUGGAAAUUGCUGUGGAGAUCCUCUCAGGUGGGGCCCAGGAGUCUAAGUUCUCCAAGGCUCUGAAGGAGCUGAAGCUGUCUUCCAAAGACAAAGACUCCAAAUCUUCCAAAGGCUCCAGUAAGGACAAGGCCGACAAAGCUGAUGAUGGCAAAGCCCAGCAGGCCACUGACAAAACCAACUCCACGGAGGUGGAGGUGGAAUCUUUUGCUGUUCCCCCAGAGAUUAUACCGGAAAAAUAUGAGGACUUUUUACUCUUUGGGGCCUUUUUUGAAGCUACUAUGAUUGACAGGAAGAUUGGAGACAAACCUAUCAGCUUUGAAGUUUCUGUUGGUAACUUUGGGAACCUGAUUGAUGGAGGGUCUCAUCAUGGGAGCAAGAAGAAAUCGGCUGAGCUGAUGGAAGAAGACGUCCUUCCUCUGCUCCACGAAGGAGAAAAAGAUGUGGCCCAUGACACUGCCAUUUCUAUGGCCUCCACCACUCACCCAGAGAAACCUCUUGUGACAGACGGAAACAGAAAUUACAACUAUUUGCCUUUUGGUGCCAAGAAGCCCUGUGUCUCCUUCAUCAGUUCCUGGGGAGACCAGAUAUUCAGACUGCACUGGUCCAAUAUGCUGGAAAAAAUGGCUGACCUCUUGGAAGAAGGCAUAGAAGAAGUGAGGGAGCUGGUCAAGGUUUCUGAGGAGGCACCAGAAGAGAAAAUGAAGACUGUGCUCCAUGACUUCAUCAGUCAAAGCAGAGCUUUUAUCUCUGAAGCAGAAAAGAAGCAGAAGACGCCGAACCAAACUGCUCUAGAUAAGAAACGACUCACGCUCUGUUGGCAAGAGCUGAAGGCAAUGACUGAUGAGGCUGAAGGAGUCAUUCAACAACAGAAGAAAAAGUUAUCUCUUGAUGAGAUGAUCCGUGAAGCUCAGAACUUCGUGGAGAAAAUCCGCUUUCUUGUGGAUGAGCCUCAGCACACUAUCCCGGACGUCUUCAUUUGGAUGCUCAGUAACAACAAGAGAGUGGCGUACGCCCGGAUCGCUGCCAAAGACCUGCUUUACUCCCCCAUCGAAGAGCAGAUGGGCAAGCACUGUGGGAAGAUCAAAACCCACUUUCUCAAGCUUCCUGGGAAACGGCCGGCUGGCUGGACUGUACAGGCAAAAGUUGACAUAUAUCUGUGGCUGGGCUCCACUAGAUACUCCGAUGCCGUUUUGGACAACUUGCCAGCAGGCUAUGAAGCAGAAAUGCCUUCCAAAUCAUCAGGCACCCAUCACCCACCAUCAGCCCUGCUAUACCAAGCCCAGCAUGUCUUUCAGCUGAGAGCACACAUGUACCAAGCCCGGGGCCUCAUCGCAGCUGACAGCAAUGGACUUUCAGAUCCCUUUGCCAAAGUCACAUUCCUAUCCCAGUGCCAGACCACAAAGGUCAUUUCCCAGACUCUCUCUCCUACCUGGAACCAGAUGCUGCUAUUCAAUGAGUUGGUUCUGCAUGGCGAAGAGAGGGAGCUAAUGGAGUCCCCACCCCUUGUGGUGGUGGAACUCUACGACAGUGAUGCGGUGGGAAAGCCAGAAUAUUUGGGUGCCACGGUGGCUGCUCCAGUUGUGACCCUGGCUGACCAGGACUAUGAGCCCCCCAAGCUGUGCUAUCACCCCAUCUUCUGUGGAAACCUCUCUGGAGGGGACCUCCUUGCUGUGUUUGAGCUGUUGCAGGUCCCUUCUUCUGGGCUGCAGGGCCUCCCUCCCACUGGCCCACCUGACAUCACACAGAUCUAUCCUGUUCCCUCCAACAUCCGGCCAGUGCUGAGUAAAUACCGAGUCGAGGUCCUUUUCUGGGGUGUCCGAGAAAUGAAGAAGGUACAGCUCCUCUCUGUGGAUCGACCACAGGUUCUCAUUGAGUGUGGAGGACGAGGUGUGAAGUCUUGCGUGAUCCAAAGUUAUAAGAACAACCCCAACUUCAGCGUGCAGGCAGAGGCCUUUGAAGUGGAGCUGCCUGAGAAUGAGCUACUGCACCCACCACUGAGCAUCUGUGUGGUAGACUGGAGGGCUUUUGGGAGGAGCACCCUCGUGGGCACCUACACCAUCAACUGCUUGAAGCAGUUUCUGUGUAAAUCGAGAGAGCCCCUUGCCUUGACUUCACAGACGGAUGGAGCUGGGGCCAGACCAGCCAUUUCAGAUUCACCAGCAGCAGUCCAGUCUUCUGAACUCCUCAGCUCCUCCAAGGACCUCCCAACAGAUCACGUCUAUGUGGAUAUUGAGCCACCUCCCACAGAGGUACCUGACUCUGCUCAGGCCCAGACGGCCACCCUGGUGGACAUGCCAGACUCCUCUCCUAUGCUGGAACCUGAACACAAACCUGUAGCACAGGGACUACCAAAAGAUGGACACAUCAAGCAAGAUCCCAGGAUGCCUUCCCGGAGAUCCACCAAAAGAAGAAGAAGGACUAUAGCAGAUGAAUCUGCUGAAAAUGUCAUUGACUGGUGGUCUAAGUAUUACGCCUCUGUAAAGAAAGCACAGAAGGAAAAGGAGAACAACCACAAGGAGAAAAGGGACCCAAAGGCAAAGCCUGGCGAGGUAGUGUUGGAUGUGGAUGACGGUCCCAAAAAGAAGAAAGACAAAAUGUUCAAGAAGAAACUGAAAGAUGACGGAAAUGAGGCCAUCCCAAACCUGGCUGUACUGAAGAUUUACGAUGGUGAUCUUGAAAGUGAAUUCAACAAUUUUGAAGACUGGGUGAAGACCUUUGAACUCUUCAGAGGCAAAUCAACAGAAGAUGAUCACAGUCUGGACGGAGACCGGGUCAUAGGAAAGUUCAAGGGCUCUUUCUGCAUCUACAAAAGCCCAGAGGAUUCUGCCUCAGAGGACAGUGGCCAGCUGAGAAUCCAGCAAGGAAUUCCACCCAAUCAUCCCAUUCAAGUACUGAUCCGUGUGUACAUUGUUGCGGCAUUUAAUCUUAGCCCAGCUGAUCCAGAUGGCAAAUCAGACCCCUACAUUGUGCUCAGGCUUGGCCAAACAGAAAUCAAAGACCGGGACAAAUACAUCCCCAAACAACUGAAUCCAGUGUUUGGAAGGUCAUUUGAGAUCCAGGCCACUUUCCCAAAGGAGUCCCUGCUCUCCGUCCUCAUUUAUGACCAUGACAUGAUCGGGUCAGAUGACCUCAUUGGGGAGACCAAGAUUGACCUGGAGAACCGUUUCUACAGCAAACACAGAGCCAUCUGUGGCUUGCAGAGCCAGUAUGAGAUAGAAGGGUACAAUGCCUGGAGGGACACGGCCAAACCCACGGAAAUCCUAACCAAGCUCUGCAAAGACAACAUGCUGGACGGACCACACUUUCGCCCCGGGAAGAUACAGAUUGGAAAGAAGGUCUUCUCUGGGAAAACGGUCUUCACUGAAGCCGACUCUGAGGAAAUGGUGGAGUCUUAUGAACACUUGGCCCUCAAGGUGUUACACUCUUGGGAGGACAUUCCUGAGGUCGGGUGUAGGCUGGUUCCUGAGCACAUAGAAACAAGGCCACUGUACCACAAGGAUAAGCCAGGAAUGGAGCAGGGCCGUCUACAGAUGUGGGUGGAUAUAUUUCCGAAAGAUACACCUCAGCUUGGACCUCCUGUUGACAUUUCACCAAGGAAACCCAAAGGAUACGAGCUGAGGGUGACCAUCUGGAACACUGAAGAUGUUAUUUUAGAAGAUGAAAAUAUCUUCACGGGUCAAAAAUCAAGCGAUAUUUAUGUCAAAGGGUGGAUCAAGGGUUUGGAGGAUGACAGGCAGGAGACAGACGUGCAUUACAACUCCCUGACUGGAGAAGGCAACUUCAACUGGCGCUUCCUGUUUCCGUUCCAGUAUCUGCCAGCCGAGAAGCAAAUGGUCAUCAGCAAACGGGAGAACAUCUUUUCCCUGGAGAAGAUGGAAUGUAAGACUCCGGCUGUGCUGGUGCUGCAGGUCUGGGAUUUUGAAAGGCUGUCCUCAGACGACUUCCUGGGCUCCCUGGAAAUGAACCUUAACAGCUUCCCCCGGGCGGCCAAGUCUGCGAAAGCCUGCGACCUGUCCAAGUUUGAAAAUGCAAGCGAAGAGAACAAAAUCUCCAUAUUCCAGCAAAAGCGCGUGCGUGGCUGGUGGCCUUUUGCAAAGAGCAAAGAGCUCACGGGCAAGGUUGAAGCUGAAUUCCACCUGGUCACAGCAGAAGAAGCUGAGAAAAACCCUGUUGGGAAAGCCCGAAAGGAGCCUGAGCCCUUGGCCAAGCCCAACCGCCCAGACACCUCAUUCUCAUGGUUUGUGAGCCCCUUCAAGUGCCUGUACCACCUCAUCUGGAAGAACUACAAGAAGUACAUCAUCAUCGCCUUCAUCCUCAUCAUCCUCAUCGUCUUCCUGGUCCUCUUCAUCUACACCCUGCCAGGCGCCAUCAGCCGGAGGAUCGUUGUGGGUGGCUCGUAGGGGCAGUGGAGGACACAGAUCUCUUUUCCCAAAUGCUCUCCUCUGUUCUGUACAGGAAUCUCUACAAUCAUGUGCAGCGAGAGGUACUGUGCUGAGUGCUAAGGGGAUAGUCAUGGGACCAAUAGCCUUCCCUGUAUCUUGAGACAAAUCAGGAGGACAGGACUCUGGCAGUCUUUCUCUGCCCCAGUACCUGCUACCACCCUUCAAACCCCUAAAUCCCAAAUCUUAUUUUUUGCCCACAAGUAACCUGAAUGACUCUUUCACUUCAGGCUAAUGACCAGUGACCUCAAAUUGACCUCAGUGAGCCUUUUCAUCAUGUAAUAGGUUCUAUUUAAAAAAGAUUAAACUCUGGUUCUGAGAGUUUAUUAGAAGCACUGCAUUUUGAAUAAAAUGUCUUAGUAAGUAGACUGAAAGUAUUCAGUAAAUUACUAUCCAUUUAAUAUGUCCCCAAAAUCUCUUGGUUUAGCCUUCAGGAUUAUAGGACACAGUCACUUUCAGGCUGUCAAAUUGGGUUAGCAAAAAUGUGCAUAACUCAUCUAAAAUACUUUGUUGUUGAAAUUCUGCUAUAGCAGCGGUUCUCAAAGGUGUGGGUUGGGACCCCUUGGGCAAACCUCUAUUUCCCAAAAUAUUUAUAUUACAACUCUAUAACAGUAGCAAAAUUACAGUUAUGAAGUGGCACUGAAGUAAUUUUAUGGUUGAGGGUCCCCACAACAUGAGGAAUUGUAUUAAAGGGUCACAGCGUUAGGAAGGUUGAGACCCACUGCCCAUAGAGACAAAAUACAGCCACGUUACCUUCAAAGUCAACCAUACAUGUGUCAUGGAAGUUUCCAAAUGGAGGGUCGUGAUUUGUCCUAAGACAUAUGAACUGUAAUUAUGUGUGUGUGGGAAGUCAGAGCAGGUUCCCUGUCACCCAGUGGGACUUCUCAUUUGCUAGAUCCACAGCCUCCCACCAAGUGUCAUGUCCCCACUGGUCACACGACUGUGAUACGAAUGACCACUGCUGCCUCUGCUCAUCCCUUACCCGACCAGCAGGUGAGCCUGGCUCUAGUGUGAGUCUCAAGUACAGAAGUAAAAACCAGUCUGAGAAGCAACAGCGUAUUCACCUGAUGGAUGGCGGGCAUCAGUGCCUGGAAGGGAGACCUCUGGGCUGUGCAGCUCAGCCCUUAUAUUCUGUCCUGUCUAUGGUGGGGGUUGAACUGGGGGCCUCUUUCCUCAGACACAGUAAGGAAAUCAAAGAAUUGGGAUGUUUGGCCCCAUAAACCUUUCUUCUGUCAUAAAGGUCAUUUAGGAUGCUAGUGGAGAAACUACUAAGUUGGGUUCAUUUCUUGCUACUAGAAGCAUCAAGACUAUGACUUUUAUUUUCCCUGGUCUUUUUUUUUUUUUAAGAUGGGGUCUGGUAUAGUCCGCAUAGAUCUUAAACUGUCUAUAUAGUCAAGAAUAACUGUGAUUCCUGAUCCUCUCUGCCUUGCUCCAUGCUUGGCUUCAUAUUGCACAGCUGUAACUUUUCUAGAGGCAAAAGUGCUCACAUCUACAUAGAAAAUCAUUCUAGAAUGUUCCUGGUCCAUCAAAAACUGGAAAUACAAACUUGUAGUACUGGUAUUCAAACCUAGAGCCUGGUACAUGUUGGGCAAGCAUUCUGCCAUUGAUUUGCAGCCGCUGUAACUUUAGUCUUAAGCAGUUCAGGCAGCUCUGGCUCUGGCAACUAUACCAUCCCAUCUUCCUGAGGUGCUGAGGAAUAGAAGCUUGCUACCUGGGCAGUGUUCCCUAGGGAGAGCAGCUACAGGAGUGGUCUCAUCCUCACUGUGCAGUACACCAUCCAUCCUUAACGAGGAGGUCAGAAUGCUCGACAUCACAUGGCAUGUGUACUAAAUUCGUUAUAGGCAUUUGUAUAUGUAUUAGAAAACUAUGUACAGCAUACUGUAAAAAUAAAUAUGUACACAAUGAUGGAAAAAAUGUCUAGAGAAAUAUACCAACGUGAACAAUGAUUAUCUAAGCAGUAUAAUUUUUCCUUUGCCUUCUUAUUUUUCUAUUUUUCCAAAACCUCCUUAAUAAGUAUAUGAUAAUUUAAUGUAAAAAAUUAAUAAACAUAAACUUACCUCUGUUCACUUAAAAAUGUUCAUUGUUUCCCUAUAGGCAAUGGGGCUAACAUAUUCAUGGCCAGAUUACCACAGGAUUUGUGUUCUAGAAGCUCCCCCCAAAUUAUUGUUUUGUCUUCAUAUAAUGGUUCUUCCAAGAAAGGCACUGAGCAGCAAAUGUGCUUCACAAAUGCAUACAUCUCUGGUGUUGUUGGAAAGAGGAGCGCUAUUUUUAAAUAAAUGUGGAUGUAA